AUGACGAGGCCACUCUCCACUUGGCGGGUGGCGCCGCUGCGCGUUUGCGCAAGCUUCAAUGAGAUUGGACUAAAUUCCGCUGACUUGAACAAAACAUGCUUGACGGAGCUCGGGAGACAGUGGGCUUCAGCGGAGAGACCAUGUCAAGCUUGUUUAUUUCCCUGGGCCACAUCGGUCUGUGGGAGAGCUUUGGAAAGGGGCGGAGAACGCUCUCGCGGGCCCCGAAUUUUCAUCCCUUUUUGUCUUCUAUGCAUCAGUCAACGCGGAACAGUUGCGGACUAG